AUGACAUGGGGUGAAGUGAGAGUCUGUAAGCACUCGCUCUCAGAUCUGGCAGUUAUUUCAUCCGACGCAAACGACGCAACAAAACGUUCCUUCCCCACUGAGGAGACCGGUUACGACAGCGAAACCGACGCCGUAGGCUUCGGCGAAGAGGCUCAGUCAGGACGUCACCUGGACCUGAACGGCGACCUCAGAGCCCUCAGUGGUGCCACGACACGUGACAUGCAGCUCUCUGAGACCCUGGUGGAGGUUGAGGAGUUCAGGAGGUACGUGAUUGCCUACCUCACAGUCCCCGAAGAUGACACCGUCAUCGCUUCGGCGCCCGCGGACCUCCGACGUCUGGGCGAGGACAGUUCUGCCGACAAGGCGAUGGCGCAAUCGAACAAGCUUCUGCGCCAAAUGUCCCUCAUGAAGGGUCAGCAAAGCCGCAUCAAUCUUCAACUGACUGAGCUCUCACGAACUGGAUCAGAUGAGGGAUCUGGUGAUUCCGGAAUGUUGGAUCAG